AAAUAAAUAAAUUCAAUGGAAUCCAAAGCCUCCGAACCGCGUAAAGUGAAUAUACAGUUCGUUAUCCAGCUGAUGAAGAAAAGAGAAGACAGUUCGUUAUUAUCCUCAAAGUGUUCUCACAUUUAGGCCAACCGUUGGCUAGAGGAUUCGCAUAUCAUCUUCCAGAAGAAGACGAAGAAAAUGCCGACUUUGAACUUAUUUACGAACGUGCCUGUGGAUCCCGUCGUCGCUUCGGAUAUUCUCAGGGACGCCACCAAAGCUGUCGCUAAAAUCAUUGGCAAGCCUGAAUCUUAUGUGAUGAUUUUGUUGAAUGGGCAAGUACCUAUUGCAUUUGCUGGAACUGAAGAGCCAGCUGCGUAUGGAGAACUGAUCUCCAUAGGGGGACUUGGUCCAAGUGUCAAUGGAAAUCUGAGUUCAACAAUUGCAGAAAUUCUUGAAACUAAGCUAUCAAUUGAUAGCUCUCGUUUCUAUAUCAAAUUUUAUGAUGCUCCGAGAUCAUUCUUCGGGUUCAAUGGCUCAACUUUUUGAUCAAGCAUUCUUUCUAGGCGUAUGGGAGAUCUUCCAUUGAAAUAGAAUCGGGUAGGUUCAUCUUUUGGUAAAUUCUGUGAAAUUUGAGUGCUUUGGUUUUGUAGUGGAUGAAACAUAAUCAUGAUUAUCAUUUGUGAAAUGGUAUCUUCCUUUGUCUUUCAUCCUGAUCUUUCUGAAGUGCAACUCUGUAAUUUAUUGUUCUUCCUGCCAUUUUUACUUGAAUGUUCAAGCA